AUGCCUCCCACCGACGAGGGCGUUGAAGACGUCCAUCGUCUACACGAAGAAGAUGAUGGCCAUGAAGAAGAUCAGGUCAAUGAAGAAGAGAGAGAAGAAGAAGAAGAGCUCGACGACGACGACGACGCCACGGCCAGCGACUCCAACUCCAACUACUCGACGGCCUCGGAAGACGCCCUGCCGCCCAUCCACGCCUACGGCCACGUCUACCACGGCUCCGGCCGCAUGGUGACGCCCAACGACCGCCACGAGAACGCGCGCCAGGGCCACCAGCACGAGCUCUUCACGCUGUGCCUCGGCGGCGCCCUGACCUUUACCAAGCUGCCCCUGGACAAGCUCGAGCUGGACCCCGAGGCCUCGCCCUUCCACAUCCUCGACGUCGGCUGCGGCGGCGGCCACUGGGCCAUGGAGAUGGCGCUGACCAACCCGCUCGUCGACGUGCUGGGCAUCGAGCUGAGCAGCGCCAACCUGCCCAAGGAGGUGCCGCCCAACCUGACGUUUGAGAUUGCCGACGCCGCCGAGCCCUGGCCGCCGCGGCUGUACGACUUUGUCCACCUGCGGAAUCUCGUCGGCGGCGGCAUCCGCGACUGGAAGCGCCUCAUUGUGCAGGCCUUUGACCACCUCAAGCCCGGCGGCCAGCUCGAGUUCACCGAGGUCACGCCGCUCUUCUUCGCCCCCCGGGCCGAUGUGGGUGCCGCGGCGAUCGAGUACGGCGCCGUGUUUGCCGAGAUUUCGGCCGCGCAGGGCAUCGACUUCGAUCCGACGCCCAAAGUACGGCCGUGGCUGGUGGAGGUUGGCGCCGAGAGCGUGAGGGAGCGGUCGGACUGGCUGCCGGUGCGCAACUGGGCACGAGAUCCGGUGACGAACAAAAAGGGCGAGAUCCUCAACAAGAUGCUUGCUCCGGGCUGUGACCACUGGACGCUGCGGAUGUUUGGCCUUGCGGGCUGGGAAGAGCAAAAGACGCGCGACUUGCUGGGGCGAGUCAUGGAGGAGUACAAGGAUCCUCUGCUGAGGAGCUGCAUCAAAGUGUAUGUGUGGUGA